AUGGGAACUGAAACUAACAGAGACGAUCGUAACACGCCUGAGUAUCUAGCACAGUUACUUAAAGACAAAAAACAAAUUCAAGCACUGCCAAAUGUAUUUAUACAUACGGAGAAAAUAUUAGACGAAGAGAUCAACCGGGUCCGCCUGUCACUGUUUCACCAUCAAGGCAAACGAGAUGUUCUUGAUCUGCCCGAGCCUCAUGGGCCGGUGGUGCAGCUGCAGGAAAAGCUGUUUGUGCCGGUCAAAGAGUACCCUGAUUUCAAUUUCGUGGGAAGAAUACUGGGGCCUCGUGGUAUGACGGCCAAGGAGCUGGAACAGUUUACCGGCUGUAAGAUCAUGGUGCGAGGAAAGGGAUCAAUGCGAGACAAAGCUAAGGAAGAUCAGAACCGAGGAAAGGCCAACUGGGAACAUCUGAAUGAAGACCUGCAUGUUCUGAUCACAGUCGAGGACACGCGUAAUCGAGGGGAGAUCAAGUUACAGAAAGCCAAGGAGGAAGUCAAGAAAUUGUUAGUUCCUGCUCCCGAUGGUGAAGAUGAUUUGAAGAAGAGGCAGCUGAUGGAGCUGGCUAUAAUGAACGGAACCUACAGGGAUGCCAAAUUCUUCCACCCUGCCCAUUUUGCACAAGCUCAUCUCCACCUGGGAGGGGUGCCCAUGUUUCUCCCCCCUGGCCCACCAGGCCAUCCAGCGUUACGUAGCCCGGGUCAGCUGCCACACCUGGUCCCAGUUAGCGGGGCUGGAUCUUUGCCCGAUGAGGCUGCUCGAUUCCUUGCUCAACCUCUUGCUAUUCAGAUGCGCACAUCAUCUGCCGGCGGCCCCAUCUUUUUGACGUCCCGCCUGCCAGGGCCGCAAGUGGUCACAAGCCAGGCCAGCAUGAACGGAGCCCCGCCUCCCCUGGUGUCCCCAGCCGGGGACCAUGGGGGUCUGAUGUACAACCCUUAUGCCACAAUGACCGCCUUCAGUUCUCUAGGCCCUAUGACCACUGCUGUGCCUUCACACAUGGACCCCUACGGUUUAGGAGCAGGCCCCUCCAUCUUUGAGUAUCAGAGUCAGCUAGAUCAGGCCCAUGCUGGUGGUGUACCAAAAAUGAGAAGAUCAUUAGACGGAGUCCGUGCUCACCCGUACACACGAGUCUCAUUGUAA